CGCCUGCCCCGGGAGAAGCCGCUGCCGCGGCCGCGGCCGCUCACGCGCUGGCAGCAGUUCGCGCGCCUCAAGGGCAUCCGCCCCAGGAAGAAGACCAACCUGGUGUGGGACGACGCGAGCGGCCAGUGGCGCCGCCGCUGGGGCUACCAGCGCGCCCGGGACGACACCAAAGAGUGGCUCAUCGAGGUGCCCGGCGGCGCCGACCCCCUGGAGGACCAGUUCGCCAAGCGGAUGGAAGCCAAGAAGGAACGCGUGGCCAAGAACGAGCUGAACCGCCUGCGCAACCUGGCCCGCGCGCACAAGCAGCAGCUGCCCAGCGCCGCCGGCCUGCGCCCCACCGGCCACCAGAGUAAGGAGGAGCUGGGCCGCGCCAUGCACGUGGCCAAGGUGUCCACCGCCUCCCUGGGGCGCUUCCAGGAGCGCCUGCCCAAGGAGAAGGCACCCCGGGGCGCCGGCAAGAAGAGGAAGUUUCAACCCCUUUUCGGAGACUUUGCAGCCGAGAAAAAGAGCCAGUUGGAGCUACUUCGCGUGAUGAAUAGCAAGAAGCCCCAGUUGGACGUGACCAGGGCCACCAAUAAGCAGAUGAGGGAGGAGGACCAGGAGGAGGCCGCCAAGAGGAGGAAAAUGAGCCAGAAGAGCAAAAGGAAAGGGGGCCGGCAGGGGCCCGGGGGCAAGAGGAAGGGCGGUGGUAGCGGCCCCCCCAAGAGGAAAGGAGGCUUGGGCGGCAAGAUGCAUUCCAGGCAACCUGGCGCGGGUGGCAAGAGGAAAGGAGGGCAGCAGCAAGGAGGGAAGGGGAGGAAGUGAUCCUCUCCCCCCUGACUGGUCUGGAAAGCCGGGAGAGGACCGCAUACAUACUUAAGUACUGUAUAUGGGGAGUUGGAGGAGGGUGACCCUCCCCUCCAGAGAAUGUUAAUAUGGGGCUGUACUGUUCAUCCACCAUUAACACUUUGGUUGACUUUGGCUGGAUGUAUUUGAGCACAUAUGAAUGGGGGGCAAAUUGCUGGGAACUGGGAAUUCUUUAAUAGCCAUCUUUACCUUUCUUCAUUGUAACUUUCUGUACGGGGUGAGACUUGGUCCUAUUUGAGAGAUUUCACAGUUAUUUUUAACAGUAAACUUUUAAUGAAAGAGUGCCUGUACUCGCGUUGCUUAUAACUCUUCGACUGUUGGUAGAAAUGGUACUUGAAGCCUGUGGUCCAGAUUCCCAGUAUAGGGUAUUUUUGUAUAUUUUCUAAAACCAAAGCAGUUAAAUUUAUAAUGGUUUCAUCAAGGUCACUUUUACUUAAAAAAAACUAAACCGUUCUUUUUUAUUUAAUAAACAUACUAAAAACAGUG